UGUAAGGAAUAUAGGCUUAUUUUUAGUUAGCUAUAUAUGUAGAAGAGAACUCAAAAUUAUUACACAAAAAAAUAUCAACUACUUUUGAUUAUUACUAUUUUCUUUUUAAGAAAUAAAUUCUAACACAUUGUAAUUUAUUGCAGCUAGCAUAUACAUAUGUAUUCUUUUCUAUAUAUAAAAGGAGGCCUUCCUCGUAGAAAUUGGAGCACAAAGUCAGUUUAUUAAUUUAGACAGAAAGUAUAUCGUCAGAGAGAGAGAGAGAAAGAAUAUGGCUUCUACGCCUGGAAUCCUCACCGAAUGGCCAUGGAAGCCCCUUGGAACCUUUAAGCAUAUACUGUUGCUUCCAUGGGCAAUUAGGAGCACAUAUUACUUUCUGACAAAAGAUACUCCAGAUGAAAGAGACUUGUCCACAUUUCUAGUGUUUCCAUUUCUGGUUUGGAGAAUGAUUCACAACCAGAUUUGGAUUUCAUUGUCUCGAUACAUUAAUGCCAAAGGCAACAAUCGAAUCCUUGAUAGAGGUCUUGAGUUCGAUCAAGUCGACAGGGAAAAAAAUUGGGAUGACCAAAUAUUGUUUAAUGGAAUUUGGUUUUACGUGGGGAUUUUCACAAUCGAUGGAGCACAAAACUUACCGCUAUGGAGAAGUGAUGGAAUACUGAUAACAAUUCUUCUUCAUACUACUUUUGUGGAGUUUGCAUACUAUUGGCUUCAUAGAGCUCUUCACCACCAUUACUUGUACAAUCGUUAUCAUUCUCAUCACCACUCUUCCAUUGUCACCGAGCCCAUUACUUCUGUGAUACAUCCAUUUGCUGAGCACAUAGCGUAUUUUGUGCUUUUUGCAACUCCCAUGUUGACAACACUCUUCACACGAACAGCCUCCAUAGCAUCCUUUGCUGGUUAUAUGACUUACAUUGAUUUCAUGAACAAUUUGGGUCAUUGCAAUUUUGAGCUCGUUCCUAAAUCACUCUUCUCUAUAUUUCCACCUCUUAAGUACUUCUUGUAUACUCCUUCGUUCCAUUCAUUGCACCACACUCAAUUUCGAACCAACUAUUCAUUAUUUAUGCCACUUUAUGACUAUCUAUAUGGAACAAUGGACAAGAGUACUGCUAGUCUUUAUGAAACAUCGUUGAAAAGAGGAGAAGAAUCAGCUCAAGUGGUGUACUUAACGCAUCUCACAACACCGGAGUCUAUUUUCCACUUACAAGUAGGAUUUGCCCACGUGUCAUCAAAGCCCUACGUGUCACCCAAAUGGUACAUCAUGAUGUUUAUGUGGCCCCUCACUCUCUGGUCCAUCAUGAUAACUUGGAUUUAUGGCCGUCCAUUUGUUGUGGAAAGGCAUCGUUUUAAUCGACUCAACGUACAAACUUGGGCUAUACCAAAAUACAAGCUCCAAUACUCUUUGCAAUGGCAAAAUGCAUCAAUCAACAGCUUGGUUGAGGAAGCCAUACUUGAAGCUGAAGAGAAAGGAGUUAAAGUUUUGAGUCUUGGUCUCUUAAAUCAAAGUGAAGAGCUGAAUGCAUAUGGUGCACUCUAUGUGAAAAGGCAUCCUGAGUUGAAGACUAAAGUUGUGGAUGGCAGUAGCCUUGCAGUGGCAGUAAUACUCAACACCAUACCCAAACCCACAACCCAAGUCCUGCUUAGAGGCAAAAUUACCAAAGUUGCUUCUUUGGUUGCCUUGGCUUUGUGCCGCAAGGGUAUUCAGGUGGCAACAUUGCGAGAGGAUGAGUAUACCAAACUUAAAAACUUUUUACUCAAUGUUGACUCUAAGAGUAAUUUGGUUCUCACCAAAAGUACUUCUUACCAGGUUUGGUUAGUGGGAGAUGGAUUAAGUGAAGAAGAACAAUUGAAAGCUUCAAAAGGAACCGUAUUUAUUCCUUUCUCUCAAUUCCAACCUAAGAAACUACGCAAAGACUGCUUCUACCACUACACUCCUGCAAUGUUAACUCCUAAAUCUCUCGAGAAUGUCCACUCUUGUGAGAAUUGGUUGCCAAGAAGGGUGAUGAGUGCAUGGCGUGUAGCUGGGAUAGUACAUGGCUUAGAAGAUUGGAAUGAGCAUGAAUGUGGUGUUAUUCCUACCACUAAUAUUAAUAAUAAUAAUAAUGCAGAUUUCUCUCAUUUUCACAAAGUUUGGGAAGCAGCCCUUCGACAUGGCUUUCAGCCUCUCAACAAUAUUUCAUCUACCUAAGUUAUUAUUAUAGUAUAAUAAGCUGCUUUCAUAUUAUUAAUUAUAUAUAUAUUGUUUACACUAGGAUAAUCUUGCUAUAAGUUUGCGUCUUUUCUUCAUAUGAUCAUCAUAAGGUCCUCGCAUUGGCACUUUGUAGAAGGCCUUCUCUAUUAAAUUGUGGCUGUACUAGUAAUACUAUGUUUGGAGCACUUUCAAAAACAAAACAAAGAAAAUAUGUUCGGUUGAUGUUUUAUAUUGCUUUAAUUAGUUUAAUACUAAAUUUUAAAUAUAAUACAAAAUGCAUUAUGAAA